AUAGGCAUAUCUGCUAUGCACAUGCAAGUCUUACAUGACAACAAACUCAUCAUGUUUGAUCGCACCGAUUUUGGCCAGUCUAACCUCUCACUCCCAAAUGGCCUUUGCCGGUAUGACUCCCAAGACACUGCACUCGAAAUCGAUUGCACUGCUCACUCUGUCCUCUACGAUAUUGACACCAAUACUUUCCGACCUCUUAUGGUUCAGACUGACACUUGGUGCUCUUCUGGGGCUGUUCUUCCAAACGGAACCUUCAUCCAAAUCGGUGGCUUCAACGAUGGUGACCAUGUUGUUCGGUCAUUCACUCCUUGCAUCGAUGAAUAUUGUGAUUGGAUUGAGUUUCCAAAUUACUUAAUUGAAAGAAGAUGGUAUGCAAGUAAUCAAAUACUACCAAAUGGUCGUAUUAUUAUUGUUGGGGGGAGAAGACAAUUCAAUUAUGAGUUUUACCCUCAAAUGUACUCUUCAUCUUUAGGCCUUUUCAGGCUAAGUUUUCUAGCUGAAACCUCGGACCAAAGUGAAAACAAUUUGUACCCAUUUCUACACCUUUUACCAGACGGAAACUUAUUCAUUUUCGCUAAUACAAGGUCGAUAUUACUCGAUUACAACAACAACCGUGUUUUGAAAGAGUAUCCUCGUAUCCCCGGCAAUGAUCCUCGUAACUAUCCAAGCUCAGGCUCAUCGCUAUUGCUCCCUCUUGAUGAAAACUUGCCCAAUGUUGUAGCUGAAAUCAUGGUCUGUGGUGGUGCACCACAAGAUGGGUUUAGUCGUGCAGCACAUGGGAGCUAUGGACAAGCACUUUCAACAUGUGGAAGGCUAAAUGUUAGUGAUGAAAACCCUACUUGGGUGAUGGAAGACAUGCCAAUAGCAAGAGUCAUGGGUGACAUGUUGCUCCUACCUACAGGAGAUGUCCUUAUAAUCAAUGGUGCAAGGCAAGGCACCGCCGGAUGGGAAAAAGGUCAUGCCCCGGUAAGAGCCCCCGUCCUCUAUCGCCUUUCUCAACCCCCCAAUGGGCGGUUUUCAUUCAUGGCCGCCUCCCCGAAACCAAGAUUAUACCAUUCCUCGGCUGUUUUAGUACCCGAUGGACGGGUUAUAGUAGGCGGUAGCAAUCCACAUAUGUAUUAUAACUUCACUGGAGUUGAGUUCCCCACUGAUCUAAGCUUAGAGGCCUUUUCGCCACCCUAUUUAGCGGAGCAGUACGGGGUGGUUAGGCCGAGAAUUCUGACUCAAAACGAGGUUUUAGGGUAUGGGGAGUUUUCCGCGUUGGUCUUCACGGUGCCAGAGUACUUUUCAAUAAAGUUUUUGUCUGUAAGGCUAAUUGCUCCAUCGUUCACAACACAUUCAUUCUCUAUGAAUCAGAGAAUGGUGGUGUUGAAAUUGAUUGGGGCAACGCUUGUGGCACCAAAUACGUUUGAAGUGACAGUGAGAGGGCCAUCCACGGCUGAGAUUGCGCCGCAGGGGUAUUAUAUGUUGUUUGUGGUGCAUGCUGAGAUACCAAGUUCUGGUGUGUGGGUGAAGGUGCAGUAA